CGUGAAACGCGUCUCAGUCCACACUGGCUGAGGUAUCCUCGGAGCACGGCAUUUGAACUGGGCGAAAGAAAGCAGUGCAGACAGACAGACCAUCGCAGAAAAGAUCCUCGAAGAUGACCUCCAGGACUGCCAACUCGGUCCUCCCGGGGAGAGACAGCGGCAACUUCGUGAACGAUUACCUCGCCGAUUGGCCCGACGAUGACCCGUUCAGAUCCCCCAGCCCUGAGCCUGCAAAGACGAGCGAUAGGAAGGAGAAUGCCAAAAAGAGGGAUGUGUUGGGAAUUGAAACCCAACUCGACCUCAAGAGAAAGCCGAGGGCCCCGAGGGUGAAACUGGACGAGACUCGACUGCUCUCCGACAAAGGCAUCCCUAGGCUGCGUAGAAUGGCACCGAAACUCAAGCUGAAAGGCAAAGGACAUGAGUUUUCCGACGCCGCCCGGCUCCUGUCGUUUUACCAAGAGUGGCUUGACGACCUCUUCCCCAAAGCCACCUUCCUCGACGCUCUUGCCAUGGUGGAGAAGGAAGGUCACAAGACAGCUAUGCGCAACGCCCGCCAGCAGUGGAUCGAUGAAGACAAACCCAAACCGGCUGCCGCAGAGGCAGAGGACGACCAGGACUACCGGCUGCACCAGGGAUCUUCUGGUCCACGGCAGCCCGAGCGAGUGGCCCCGGUGUUUGAGAAAGCUGCGCAGGCUGGCAAGGAGCGGGCGAGGACGCCUGCGGCGGACGACCUCUUUGGGGACGAUGAUAUCUACAAUGCUACUCCGCGGCGAGACAUGGGCAGCACCGCGCCGGCUGGGCAGGUGGUGAACGAUGGUGUCCCGGACGAGGAUGACUUGGAUGCGCUGAUGGCCGAGGCCGAGGCCGAGGCACAGUCCGGACAGUCGUCCGGUGUCGCAUCGGCGCCCUUCACAAGCAUUUUCGGCGACGGAUCGAAGACCGCAACCUCGGCACCCGCCGCAGAGCCCGACGAGGACGACCUGGAUGCGUUAAUGGCGGAAGUGGAGGCGGAGGGAGGUGCCACGACACGCCCUUCAAAUGACCAGAAAGACAGCUCCUCAGCGGGAACCGAUACCGGCCAGCCGAGCGUGAACUUUGAAGACGACGAGGAAGCGAUGGCCGAGAUGGACGGUUUGUGGUGAGGGAGGCGGCGAUCGGAUAUGAAAGGGGCGAGGUUGAAGUGCAUGCACAGAAUCAACAACUGCUUGCAUUCCAUGACAAAUCACCGUCUGAUGAUUAGUGAGUCAGCCUUGCACGACGCUCUCGAUGAAGCCUCUUGCAUGUGGGAUACCCUUUCAGGAUCGAAAGGAAAAAUGAGCAUUGACCACGGUAUU